GCUCUGAAAGCCAACUCUGGCUGAACGAGAAGCAAAAUAGUCUUGUAAUAUCAAUGAAAUGCCAUUUUCAGUCUGUAACAUUUUGUUAAACCGCACGGCAGGGAAGUUGGAGCGCAUCCUGCUCUCGGGCUAGAUAACACUCGCACUUCCCACCACUGAAUGAGAAGGUGGGAAAUCAAGUGGUGAGAAGACAAAAAGGACACACAGCUCCUCCACAGUGGACACAGGGCGAUUUCCACCUGGCACAUGUCUUAAUGGAACAAAUGUGGAUUCUUUGGGAGCAGCCGAGCAGGGCAUGGCUUUAAGCAGACUCCUGCUGCUCUGUAUGGUAGCCUCUGAGGUGUGGGAUGCUGAGACCAAACCAAUAGAAUUUGUGUGUAAUAAAGGCGCCAGGAGGGCUAUGAAUAUUGUGGCAGAGGUGGAGAGAGCACUGUCCACCUAUUUGUCUGGCUCCUGUCACCUGUCUCCUUCCUUGCAGAGUGACUGUAAUGGCUCCGCGACCCUCCCCACACCAGUCCAGCUCCCCUGUACCGAGCUUCAUGUAGCAUCCUGGGGAAACAAAUCACACCAGGAGAAGAGAGGUGACAUAGUUGCAUCCUUGAGGCUUCUUAUCGAAGGUGUGAAGGUUGUGAGGGCCCCAGGCCAGGCAGGAUGUGCCACUUUGCUACUGCAGAGACUGGAGAACAACAUCAACAAUUACCUGCUUAUUCUCACAAACCUUCAGCUGAGUCAGGGGCCAGUGGUGAGUCCAGCAAUGUCCUGUGUUCCUCGAGGCACCCAGAGUCUGCGCACAGUCCUGUCGAGUUACAACCAACUGCUCUCAGGCAAACUGGAGCGGUUCAUGGUUAACCUGCAAGACAGAUGCAUUUCCCAGUGACACAAGAGCAACUUAAGUGGAUGCAGUGUUCUUUACAAACUGGGGGAUGAGCUCCAGUGGGACAAUAAAAGAAGAAUGAAAAUCCAUCAGAGAAAAACAGCCAAUGUGAUCUGGAUAUUCUCCUCACCUUGUUGCCUUUAUCAAAUUUCAAAUUUGGGGAAUGUUUUCUUUAGUAGUGACACUGUAAGAGUAAAAUGAAGUAAUACAUGCUUCUCUGCUGGUCAUUAAGAGGAACUACAGCCGGGAAGGACAGAAGUUAAAGGCAGCAAUAUGUUUGCAAUGAUAAUAUUAAGGGACAAAAUAAUGCAUGAUGGGAGUGAGGUGUUUUGUAUCAUACCACAUAAAACUAGGGAAGCUUUAAAUUUGGUUGUAGGCCCAUAGAACCAAUGCAAGUCUAUGAAAGCAAUCAUUGUUUUCUGGCCAGAUUUGUAGUCUCCCAUCAGUCUGUCUCUCUGUUGUCCACCUAUUUGUCUGGUUUCUGUCACCAAUCUCCUCCCUUGCAGAGUGACUGUUAAGGCUCGGUAACUCUCCUCACACCAGUUCAGCUACCCUGUACCAAGCUUUUUGUAGCAUCCUGGGGAAACAAAUCAGUAUGUUGGCACAUGUAUGAGUCCACAAGCAUCUACCACAAUGGUUUUCUCACUUGCUUACUGUUGGUUUGAGUGGUUUAGCUUGCCUUUGCUUAUAUCCACUAACACAUUCCAUUACAUUUUGUUUUCAAUAUCUGUAAAUUUCAAACUUGUGAAAUGUUUGCUUUUGUAUAGUGUGACUCUUUAAGAGUAAAAUGAAGUAAUACACCCUUCUCUGCUGGUCAUAGAGAGGAACUACAGCUAGACAAGACAAAUAAAAGACAGCAAUAUGUUUGCAGUGAUAAAA